AGUGCACUCUAUGAUUCACAGGGAAACGUUGGUCAUCAAUAAAUGUUAGUUUUCAGCAGCUAAAAAGGAAGAUUCCCGUAGCUUUGUUUCGCGUUUUUCUCGCCUUGGUCGUCUCUCCCCGGCUGGCAUGGGUUCCACGGGGCAGCAGACUAGUAGGUUUGUCGACUAUUUUGUCGUGUGUGGACUAGAUCCUUCGGCAGUUCUUCAACCGGGACAGUUUUCUGGUGAGAACACGCACCAUGUUCAUCCACUUCUCAGGGGUUAUAAGUCGGCUGUUCUUUCCCACUAUCCAUCAUCGUUGGAGGGGAACCCGUUUGAUAAGGAGGGCAUUAAUAUGCUAUGCAUGCCCAAAGGGCUCACAGUACGAACACAGAAACAGGACAGAGAAGCCAAGUUUCAUUCCUUCCUGAUGACGCGAGAGGACGGGACGAGGACAUACGGCGCUGCGCUGACGUUCUUCGAGCAGGCAACGUCACCCAAAAUCUGUGCGGAAAUGGAAGAUUUACAGAUAACAUUCAGAGCAGACAGCAAACAUCGCAAAAUGAGUAAUAUUGAAUCUCCAUCGCGCUCUCACGUCGUGCUGGAAAGUCUUUCUCCGAAGAUGGACCGGCGUGGGUUCUCACCGAAGCACAGACGGUCCUCGAGUCCCGCCGUGUCGUUACAGUCUCCCAAGCCCAGGAGGAAAACGACACCGGUUCACAUCCCGGCACAGAGGAAAGUAGUCAACUUUGACCCCAUCAAUGACACCAUAUAUGUGGCCAAAUGUAUAUGCCUCAUAAUGCAGGCACCGUUCAUCCAGCCUUGCCGUCGCCUCUUGGAGGAGUUCUACAACGCGAUCAAGUCGAUGGCCGCCCCUCCUCUCCCUCUAGAGUCCUACAUCUACAACAUACUGUACGAGGUGCCCGCCCUCCCGGCAGGGCGGAGCCUGAGCUUCAAUGCAAUCACAGAGACGAUCGUCUGCCAGAGGCCGGCGAACGGAGAGCUCCCUCUAUGCGAUUAUUCCAUGAAGGAGUUCUUUGAGCUCCUUGGGGUGGAGCACGUGAUGGAGCUGAUGACGUGUGCGUUUCUUGAGAGUCAGAUACUCCUAGUGUCAAAAGAUUACCACCGUCUCAUGCUGGUUGCAGAGUGUCUGUCAGCUCUGCUCUUCCCGUUCCAGUGGCAACAUGUCUACGUUCCUAUUCUGCCAGUGAGUUUGAUGAACUUUCUGGAUGCCCCUGUGCCGUUUGUUAUGGGGCUCCACCUAGACGAUGGCAUGGACCACACUCAACUGGAGAUACUGGGAAAUGCCUCGCUGUGCUUUGUGGACAUUGACAACAACUGCAUUGAACUUCCUGAGGACCUUCCCCUGUUUCCAAACAGACAAAGUUUUAUCCGUGAUCUCACUGGACUUCUACAACGCUUUAAUGUCUCCCUGAAAAAAACUACACCGGAGAAAACACCCACAAGAACUCCAACGAGGGGUGACAGCAAUUUUGAUUGGUCGACCCUGAAGACAGAACUCACUCUCAUUGGUGGAUCCGGUCGGAAUCUGAACUUGGAGAGUUGCAUCGAAGCUGAUCAGGAUAGUUCUUAUUUUAGUUCGCCGAGUCGAGGGGAAUCACCGACGACGAGCUUGCCGAGCAAGACCGAUAUCUUACGCAACAACGAGAUCGUCUCGAAAGUCGCCGCCAUCGUUCAGAGAACUGGUGUGAUCACUUCGAUCAGUGAGAUCGAGGAUCGGAACUCAAACACUUCCCCCGAUGGGGAUAUGAAUCCAGAGACAUGGGACCCCGAAUUACGGAAACAUGUGGAGGGACUCGUGUUGAACUCGGCUGUCAGAGAACUCUUCUUGAGUAAGAUGGUUGAAUUACUCCGGCAUUAUGAGACCUUUGUGAUCCAGCCGGCAUCUCACAGCAUCGAGUCUUGGUUUGCAAACAGGGAACAUAUGCAGAACUUUGAUAAGGCUGCAUUCUUGUCGGAUCAACCAGAAGCAUACCUCCCGUUUCUCUUCCCCUUCGUGGAGACGCAAAUGUUUGCCACAUUUGUCGACAACAAGAUCAUCUCCAACUGGGAAGACAAAGUUGAGGCGCUGAGAAUCUUUGACGGUAGAAUAGACCAUUUUCCAGCCAGCAAUCCCCAGACCCCAACCUGUGAGAUUCAGAGUCUCAUGAGCGAAGCAGAAUCCAACAUACGUCACCGAGCAGUGAAUAUUGACUACACAUCGCCUGUACCACAUGAGCUGACCAGCAAGCCGGCUGACAAUAACCAUAAACCAGGUUACUUCCCGAGACUACAAGAAGAGAUUCUACUCAAGGAGCCCUAUACACCCAAGUCCAAGCACAGGAAUACAGCGCAGUGGAGACGAAAGGACCGGCAACAACAGCACUCUGAGCACCUACAGCUAGCCCCGCAAGAGAGAGAACAAUACAUUAAUCAGGCCAGGAAGGGGACCGUCCAACAACCGGUUCUCUCCAGUCUGGACCAGAAACAAACCAACUGGAAGUUUGUCGAAGGCCUCCUCAAAGAGUGUAAAGUUAAGACAAAGAAGAUGUUGGUAAGUAAGAUGGGUCAGGAGGCUGUUGAGCUUGGUCACGGUGAUGUCAAUCGGUCCGGUGUGGAGGAGAACACGUUGAUCGCUUCACUCUGUGAUCUCCUGGAGAGAAUCUUCAGCCAUGGAAUCCAGAAGAAACAGGGGAAAUCAGCACUAUGGUCUCACAUAACAGGAUACCGCAAGAUGAAGGAGAAACGAGAAACCUUCCCCGAACACAGUCUUUCAGUUGUACCUCAUGGGUCCGAGGCCAGACGGAGAAGUAGCUCCGCAGUGGAACCUGUCCUCGUCCCAAUCCCCACCGAGCUUCCAUUCGAUAUCAGGAAUGUGGAGAACAUGACGCAGAUUAAGACGGAUGUCGGGUAUGCUCGUGCCUUUGUUAGACUUGCCUUAGAGAGGAAACUUUUGCACAAACAUCUCAAGUUGCUACUCAAUGAUUACGAACUCUGCAAGAAACGUUACAAGCGUUACGCCUUCCUCCGGACUGAGGAGGAGAAGGAACAGUUCCUCUACCAUCUUCUGUCUCUAAACGCUGUCGAUUACUUCUGCUUCACCAACUCUUUUAUCAGCACAGUUGUGCCUUACCGAGUCCUGGUUGUUACAACUCGUAAGUUCCAAGCUACAACGUCGGCAAACGCUUGGAUCUGUGUGUCUGGGGAGAUCAACGACUCCAAGAUGAUCUCAAUUCCUAAGAACUCUCCGGACUUUGUGUUCCAGCAUAGCAAUCUGGGUAUCCUGACGACGGUACGCAUUGGACAUGACAACUCGGGCCUUUUACCAAGAUGGAUGGUGGACUAUGUUCUAGUUCGCAAUGAGGUCACUGGACACACAUACAAGUUUCCCUGCAAUCGGUGGAUUGGACGCGGCGUCGAUGACGACAGUCUGGAACGUCUUCUAGUCGGAGAGCUACUCCCACCUCCAUCAGAGUCCGAAGAGCUGUCCCGAGGGUCAAGGACCCCUCCCAGACCCAGUUCACCUAUCCCAUCGAGACACGCCAGGGGUCAGACACCAAAGCUAGAUCAAGAUCGCAUACAGGAGAUGCUGACCGAUGCGGUCAAUAAUAUUGUCAAGCAUUUCUACAAACCUGAGAAGGAGAGAGGUCGACUGACCGUGCUUCUAUGUGGCGAGAGAGGCCUAGUCCAAUGCAUGGAGAUUGUACUACAAUAUGGAUUCCGAUCCGCAAGGCUCUUCAGAAAUAACUUCUUCAUCUGGGACUUUCUAGAAAAAGUAGCCAAAUACCUUGAGAGUAUUGAUCAAGAUGACGAGGGACGUCUUGGAUCAGUCCAAGAAAAGAGAGCAAGGCGGACAUUCUGCUUCACGAUUCAACAGAUCAAUCAAGGAGCCGCCCAAGCUGGCAAAGAUGGCAAAUUCCAACUCUUUGUUUGCAUCGGGAUCAGGGAUCACAUGCUCCACUGGUGGCUACCAGUCCUCUCUGAGACUCCAGUGGCUUCAUCAAUGUACGAAGACUCCUCGUUCCUUAACUGCAACAGCCUCCUUGACUUUGUCGUCAACCUCCUCAUGCAAUUGGAUGAAUUCUCCAUUAUGUUGGAAUCUUCCAUUACGAAGGGGGUGGAAUUAUAGCAUACCUUUGUCAGUGAUGCUGGAAUCUUCCAUUACGAAGGGCGUGGAAUUAUAGCAUAACCUUUGUCGGUGAUGCCGGUUGGUAAUCUUGCAUCUAUUUCAAGAGUAUGGUUAGGGACUAAAAAAAAGUAUUGUAAUUUAGAAGAGGCAAAAUUAUAAGGAUGCCGCCAGAUUCCAAUCAGACUUUGCUCUUAGUAUUAAGGUCAGAAAGGGCAAUGUAUAACUCAAAUAAGAUGCAAACAAUAAUGUAGUGGAGGUCAAAGGUCAGUACAGUCUUCUGAUUGUGGUUUUUCUGUAGGUUGAUGAGCAUCCUGUAUUAAGUACAAGCCAGGGCCCAUUUUCAUAAAGCCUGUAAGCACCUAAAAAUCUUGCUUAGCAGAUACUGGGUACCAGCCAAAAUUCCA